AUGGUAUUCCCUCAGCUCCUCACCGUUCUAGAUACCCUAAAGGACCAAGCAAAGGAUGCUGUAUGGGCCCUCACUUCUUGCAUGUGCCAACAGUCAGCAAAGGUCAAGAUUAAUGGCCGAACCUUUAAUAUCAUCAAGGUUCUCGGAGAGGGUGGAUUUUCAUUUGUGUAUCUAGCUCAGGAUGAUAUUAGUGGUAGACAAUUCGCGCUCAAGAAGAUACGCUGUCCUACUGGCUCGGACGCGGUAAAAGAGGCUAUGCGGGAGGUGGAGGCUUACCGACGAUUCAAACACCCUAAUAUAAUUCGUAUAUUGGACUCUGCUGUAGUACAAGAUCCAGAAGGUGAAGGGAAGAUUGUAUACCUUUUCCUGCCUUUGUAUAAGAGGGGAAACCUUCAAGAUGCUAUCAAUACGCACGUCGUGAAUCGAACGCAUUUCGCAGAACAGGAAAUGAUACGCCUUUUCAAAGGCACAUGUGAAGCUGUACGCGCAAUGCACGAUUACCAUGUCAAGGCCGGCACCAAUCUUCCUUCUAACUCCUCUCGCCCCAAACCGUCAUCAUCACGAUCGCGCCAUGAAGAUGACCGGCGUCACUCAGAAGACGACGACGAGAUGUUCCCUCACCCUGAGGGCGACGGCGAAGACGGGUAUUCCUACGGUUCCGCUGUAAAUGUGCCACUAGUCACGAAACACAGAAUGGAGGAUGAAGGUGAUGUUGUAUUUGAUGGGGAUGAGGAAAUAGAACAUAUACAAUCGGGAGCAAAUGGAAACGCAGGGAGGAAUGAACAUGUACCCUAUGCCCAUCGAGAUCUCAAACCUGGAAACGUUAUGAUUGCCGAUGAUGGUGUGACGCCAAUAUUGAUGGACUUUGGCAGCACUAUCAGGGCAAGGAUAAAUAUUGAAAAUCGCUCACAAGCUUUGCUGCAACAGGAUAUUGCUGCUGAGCAAAGCACGAUGGCCUACAGAGCCCCAGAAUUAUUCGAUGUCAAAACAGGCGUUGCCUUGGAUGAUAAGGUUGAUAUCUGGUCUCUUGGGUGUACACUUUUCGCACUAGCAUAUUCGCACUCGCCGUUUGAAAACACGCAAACUACGGAACAGGGUGGUUCAAUAGCCAUGGCUGUACUGAAUGCUCAGUAUAAGCACCCUAAUUCGGCAUACUCACAAGGACUCAAAGAUCUGAUUGACUCCAUGUUAAAAGUGAAUCCAAAAGAUAGACCGGAUAUCCAUCAGGUAAUCUCAAUGACGGACAGAGUGCUGCAGACUCUAAUGUAG